CCGCCCGUCCGCGCCCGCUGCCCGCCGCCCGCCGCCCUCCGUAGCCCUCCUCGGAGUCCCCUGCUCCGUCUAAGUGUAGACCCCCGCGGUCAGGGCCCACCUGUCCCCGCCUCGCCUCCCUCCUUCGAAUACGAUUGGUUCUCCGCGCUGUCUGUUCUCCCGGGAACGCCCCUUCUCCUAGGAGACAGUUGCCCCGACCCCGCCCGCGAUACGCCUCCUGGUCCCAGCGCGGGUUCCCGCCCCUCGGGGGCCCACUUGGGGCCUAGCGGUUCUCAGCUGCCCACCUCGCCUGCCUGCCAGGCUUCAGGUUUUCCCCUGGACAGUUGCUGUGCGACUUGGACAGUAGAGGAGCGCCUCCCAAGUUUUCAUCCAACUGCCACCCCCAAAGUUCCACCCACCUCCCCUCAGAGAGGACGUUUGAUGCCAGGCCCCUGAGAUUCUCAUUGACAAGCCCCUCUGGUCCCUCUGAGCUGAGUCUGCUGACCCAGUUGCCCAUCUUUGCGGCUUUGAUGCCUAGCCAUGUCUGCCUCAUCCUCAGGCGGCUCCCCCAGGUUUCCAUCGUGCGGGAAGAACGGAGUCACGAGUCUCACGCAGAAAAAAGUCCUGAGAACACCUUGUGGCCCGCCCAGCGUGACUGUGACGAAAUCUCAUAAGCGUGGAAUGAAAGGGGAUACCGUGAAUGUGCGGCGGAGUGUCCGGGUGAAAACCAAGGUACCUUGGAUCCCCCCUGGAAAGUCAUCCACCCGGCAUGUGGGAUGCAAGUGGGAGAAUCCACCUCACUGCCUAGAAAUCACGCCUCCAUCUUCAGAAAAGCUGCUCUCUGUCAUGCGCUUAAGUGAUCUCUCGACAGAAGACGACGACUCAGGUCACUGUAAAAUGAACCACUAUGAUAAGAAGAUUGACAGUCUAAUGAACGCGGUCGGUUGUCUCAAGUCUGAGGUCAGGAUGCAGAAGGGCGAACGACAGAUGGCUAAGAAGUUCCUGGAGGAGCGGAAGGAGGAGCUGGAGGAGGUGGCACACGAGCUGGCCGAGACAGAGCACGAGAACACGGUGCUCAGGCACAACAUCGAGCGCAUGAAGGAGGAGAAGGACUACACCGUGCUCCAGAAGAAACACCUCCAGCAGGAGAAGGAGUGCCUCAUGUCCAAGCUGGUGGAGGCGGAGAUGGAUGGCGCCGCCGCCGCCAAGCAGGUCAUGGCCCUGAAGGACACCAUCGGGAAGCUUAAGACGGAGAAACAAAUGACCUGCACGGACAUCAACACGCUGACGAGGCAGAAGGAACUUCUCCUGCAGAAGCUGAGCACGUUCGAGGAGACCAACCGCACCCUCCGAGACCUGCUGCGGGAACAGCACUGCAGGGAGGACGCUGAGAGACUCAUGGAGCAACAAGGCGCGCUACUGAAACGGCUGGCGGAGGCCGACACCGAGAAAGCGCGGCUGCUGUUACUGCUGCAGGAUAAGGACAAGGAGGUAGAAGAGCUCCUGCAGGAAAUACAGUGUGAGAAGGCCCAAGCAAAGUCAGCGUCUGAGCUUUCUAAGUCUAUGGAGUCGAUGCGUGGGCACCUGCAGGCACAGCUCCGGUGCAAAGAGGCUGAGAACAGUCGCCUGUGCAUGCAGAUCAAGAACCUGGAGCGCAGCGGGAACCAGCACAAGGCGGAGGUGGAAGCCAUCAUGGAGCAGCUGAAGGAACUGAAGCAGAAGGGAGACCGAGACAAGGAGUCCCUGAAGAAGGCCAUCCGGGCGCAGAAGGAGCGGGCCGAGAAGAGCGAGGAGUACGCCGAGCAGCUGCAUGUGCAGCUCGCAGACAAGGAUCUUUAUGUUGCCGAAGCUUUAUCCACUCUGGAGUCAUGGAGGAGCCGCUACAACCAGGUUGUGAAGGACAAGGGAGACCUGGAGCUGGAAAUUAUCGUCCUGAAUGACCGGGUGACAGAUCUUGUAAAUCAGCAACAAACCUUGGAAGAAAAGAUGCGGGAGGACCGGGACAGCCUGGUGGAAAGACUGCACCGGCAGACGGCUGAGUACUCCGCCUUCAAGCUGGAGAACGAGCGGCUGAAGGCCAGCUUCGCCCCAAUGGAGGACAAGCUCAACCAGGCACAUCACGAGGUCCAGCAGCUGAAGGCAUCCGUGAAGAACUACGAGGGGAUGAUUGACAAUUAUAAGAGCCAGGUGAUGAAGACCAGAUUGGAGGCCGACGAAGUGGCUGCCCAGCUCGAGCGCUGCGACAAGGAGAACAAGAUCCUUAAAGACGAGAUGAACAAGGAGAUCGAGGCGGCGCGGCGGCAGUUCCAGUUGCAGCUGGCUGACCUGCAGCAGCUGCCGGACAUCCUCAAGAUCACAGAGGCCAAGCUGGCCGAGUGCCAGGACCAGCUGCAGGGCUACGAGAGGAAGAACAUCGACCUGACAGCCAUCAUCUCCGAUCUGCGCAGCCGGAUCGAACACCAGGGGGACAAGCUGGAGAUGGCGAGAGAGAAACACCAGGCUUCCCAGAAGGAAAAUAAACAGCUGAGUCUGAAGGUGGAUGAACUGGAGAGGAAACUGGAGGCCACCAGCGCCCAGAAUGUCGAGUUCCUGCAGGUGAUCGCCAAGAGGGAGGAGGCGAUCCACCUGUCCCAGCUGCGGCUGGAGGAGAAAACCCGGGAGUGCGGGUCACUGGCCAGGCAGCUGGAGGGCGCCCUCGAGGAUGCCAGGCGGCAGGUGGAGCAGACCAAGGAGCAGGCACUGUCCAAAGAGCGAGCGGCCCAGAACAAAAUCCUGGACCUUGAGACCCAGCUGAGCAGGACCAAGACCGAACUGAGCCAGCUUCGGCGGAGCCGGGAGGACGCGGACCGCCGCUACCAGAGCCGCCUGCAGGACCUGAAGGACCGCCUGGAGCAGUCGGAGAGCACCAACCGAAGCAUGCAGAACUACGUCCAGUUCCUCAAGUCCUCUUAUGCCAACGUGUUUGGGGACAGUCCCUACACCUCCUUCCUAACCAGCUCCCCGAUCCGCUCCCGAUCGCCCCCUCCCUGAGGCUUCCUUCCCAGGGCUGGAGCCCUGCCCGGUGCGGAGGAAGGAAGGAAGGAGUUGGGAGGAAGGAAGGAAGGAGUUGGGAGGAAGGAAGGAAGGAGUUGCCAAGCCAUAGCCAGAAAGCCGCUGGUUCCGCUGUCCCAGUGAGGAAGCGUCAGGGCUUGCUCUUAGCUGUGACUCCAGGACCGUCCCCAAUGCAGCAGGCCACAAGCAGAAGGCACUUGGUCGCCUCCCCGCUGAAGUCACCAUCCGAUGGAAUUUUUUUUACUGACCUCGAAGGCCUUACAUUUACUCUCCCAUGGGGAGCGGAUUCCAAUUCCCCACAACAGGUUUGGGCUGUUUUCCCUCCAGUCCCUACACAGCCUCCUCAUCCUAGGCAUCUUUCUUGGGUUUUCUCUGAUCCAGACCAGCAGAAGCCCUGCUGGGUUGCGAGCAGCUUUCCUGCUUUCCAAUUUCACGGGUACAGUAGGGGGUGGUGUUCCCUCGAGGUUGGCGGAGCCCUCUGCGCCGCUCACACCUGUUUCCUUGAGGCCACUUGGGGCUUUACAAGUGUAACCCCAAGCUCAUUCGUUUUGGUUUCUCUUUGUAUCUCUGGAGUGCAUUUAUUGUUGAAAUAUUUGUAUGGUUUUACAAAAAGAUUUAUAAUCCGUUAUUUAAGGCUCCUUGGGAUGAUUUCCUUUAUCCAGACACCCCACCCUUCUUUUAAAAAAUGAUUAAAGUAAAACACUACGAGAGA